AUGACAGAUGAGGCUAUUGCCAGUCACUACCAAGUGCUGGAGGAACUCGGCCGUGGUAGCUUCGGUGUAGUGUACAAAGGCAUUGAGAGGGCAUCGGGUGAAAUCGUUGCCAUCAAACAUAUUGAUCUCGAGUCGACCGAUGAUGACAUCCAAGACAUACAAGCCGAGAUUUCCGUCUUGAGCACCUGCGCCAGCUCUUACGUAACCCAGUACAUCGCCAGCUUCCUCCGGGGAAGCAAGCUAUGGAUAGUGAUGGAAUAUCUUGGUGGUGGAUCAUGUCUGGACUUGCUCAAACCCGAACCAUCCGUGUUCAGCGAGACGCACAUUGCUGUCAUCUGCCGCGAGCUCCUCCGCGGUCUCGACUACCUCCACGCCGAAGGAAAGAUACACCGAGAUAUCAAAGCCGCGAAUGUCCUGUUGUCAGAGACUGGCAAGGUCAAGCUGGCCGACUUUGGAGUAGCUGCGCAGCUUACGAACAUCAAGUCCCAGCGGAACACCUUUGUCGGCACACCGUUCUGGAUGGCACCAGAGGUCAUCCAACAGUCUGGCUACGACUUCAAGGCCGACAUCUGGUCCCUGGGGAUUACCGCCCUGGAAAUGGCAAAUGGUGAACCCCCGCAUGCCAACCUCCACCCCAUGAAAGCCCUCUUCCACAUCCCGAAGAGUGCUCCUCCGAAGCUGGAGGGCAAUUUCUCGAAGGACUUCAAGGACUUUGUCUCGCAGUGUCUGAUGAAGGAUCCGGACCGCCGACCCUCCGCAAAGGACAUGCUGAACCACAGAUUCAUCCGAUCGGCCGGCAAGGUAGAGGCAUUGCAGGAACUGAUCGAGCGACGACGAAACUUCGAUGCUUCAAAGAGCAAGAAGAAGAACAGGAGCUUCUACCAGGAGACAAUGCAAGAUUUCUCGCCGAGAGACGAGCAUGAUGAGUGGGUGUUCGAUACCGUCAGAUCAGUUGCCCCUAGGAGAGGCACUAUCAAGUCGCGAAAGCCGUCGUCAAUAUUCUCUACUGAAGAAGCAUUACGUCGUCUCGAUAUCAAGGAUGCCCCCCUGCAGCCCUCAUCGCCCGCUCCGGCAACCAUGCGCAAAUCCACUGUGCGAAGACAACCUUCCUUGGCGCAGAUCUCGGGCACAGGAUCCAUGCGUGGCCCACCGGCUCCAGCACUGAGACGGCCCCUUCAACUGGACAUGUCUUUCGGCAACUCGGGUUCAUCGCAGCGUCUUUUUAGGAGAGUACCUUCCGAUAGCUCGACUUCUGGCCAUGUCUCCUCCUCUUCAGAUCCCUUCGUCGAGAACACAGACGAGAAUCAGCAACCCGGUGCAGUAGAAGCGACGAGCAAGGAGGCCACUCUGGGUCGGCGACUCUACUUCAAGGCUGUAGAACCCACCCUUGCAGAGUUGCAUGCGCAAACAUCCAAUCUGGCCAAACGAGAAGCGCUUGCGAAGCUCGCUGAUGCAUUUGCUGCUCUGGAUUCGGUCGACCCCGAGGGGGCUUAUCAUCUCCUGCGCAACCUCAACUCCAACGUCUCCAAUGACACGAAACUAUCGAAUGCAUUCUUGCAGAACAUUAGCUCUGUGAAGGGAAUGAUCGAUGCUGAUACGCCUCAAGGCACGGUUAUCAUCAAGACGCCAGCCCGCCAACCUUCUUCGAGCCCAACGAAACUAGUCAUGGCGUCCAGCAACCCACAUCUGAAGAGCCAUAGGAGGCGUCAGGAGAGUGUGGCGGUCAACGGUGCUGGUAGUCCUGAAAAGCUUAGCGGCAAGGAGAGAGACCCGGAGAGAGCUGCCUUGCAGGCCAAAUACCCCGGCCGAGAGACGGAACCGGGCAUGGAACACUGCAAGCAGCUUUCCGAUGUCCUGUACAGUCGCUGGGUCGAUGGCCUGCGCCUGCGUUGGCCAGGCGCCUAG